CCCGCCAUCAAUGUAUUCCCUGAAAUAGAUAUCACGAUCAUUAAUGUAAAGAACAAACUGGUUUCCACAUCCGCCAUCAAUGCAUUCUCUGAAAUAGAUAUCAUGAUCAUUAAUGUAAAGAACAAACUGGUUCCCACACCCGCCAUCAAUGCAUUCUCUAAAAUAGAUAUCAUGAUCAAUUAUGUAAAGAACAAACUGGUUUCCACAUCCGCCAUCAAUGCAUUCCCUGAAAUAGAUAUCACGAUCAUUAAUGUAAAGAACAAACUGGUUUCCACAUCCGCCAUCAAUCCAUUCUCUGAAAUAGAUAUCAUGAUCAUUAAUGUAAAGAACAAACUGGUUCCCACACCCGCCAUCAAUGCAUUCUCUAAAAUAGAUAUCAUGAUCAUUAAUGUAAAGAACAAACUGGUUUCCACAUCCGCCAUCAAUGCAUUCCCUGAAAUAGAUAUCACGAUCAUUAAUGUAAAGAACAAACUGGUUUCCACAUCCGCCAUCAAUGCAUUCUCUGAAAUAGAUAUCAUGAUCAUUAAUGUAAAGAACAAACUGGUUCCCACACCCGCCAUCAAUGCAUUCUCUAAAAUAGAUAUCACGAUCAUUAAUGUAAAGAACAAACUGGUUUCCACACCCGCCAUCAAUGCAUUCUCUAAAAUAGAUAUCACGAUCAUUAAUGUAAAGAACAAACUGGUUCCCACCCCCGCCAUCAAGGCAUUCUCUAAAAUAGAUAUCGGGACCAUUAAUG